AUGCUGCAGGUGGAUGAAGCUGAUGAUAAGGUAGCACUUACCGUUUUCAUGGGAGGACUGCAUACAUCUAGAUUUCUUUUUUCCUUGUCAAAGGAACCUCCAACCAAUAUGGCAGAAUUACUGGUCAGAGCCAGGAAACACAUGAAUGCGGAGGAUGCGAUGAGUGCGCGAAAGGGGAAAGAAGGAGAAGAUAAAAAGGCGAAUAAAAAGAGACCACUGCCUGGUGCCAAGGACGAGAAGGAGACCAAAUUCAAAAAGUCUUCAUCAAUUAAAGUGAAAGGACAUCUCGUUACAGGAGCUCAGAUAAUGGCCAUCGAAGUGAAAUCUGAUCCCUCAAGAAGGCCUCGAGACAAAUAUUGCAGGUUCCAUAGAGAUAAUGGGCAUAUCACGGAGGAUUGUAUCGACUUAAAAGAUCAGAUUGAGAAUUUGAUUCGAAGGGGUCACCAACAAAGGUUCAUGGCAGGAGAUGAUAGACAAGGUACUAAUCCCGCAAAAAGGAGGCGGGACAAUCAUCCACCAAAACAACAACCAGUAGGUGAGAUCAGAGUCAUAUCCGGAGGGUAUACAGGAGGAGGUGAAAUAGCCACGGCCCGAAAAACUUACACAAGAAGAGCAAGAACAGAGAUGAAUGAGGUAGGAAUGUUCAACGCUCUAUCAAAAACACUAAGGUAUGCUGAUACUACCAUUAUGUUUUCAGAGGCUGAUGCCAAAGGGAACCAGCAACCCCAUGAUGAUCCUCUGGUUGUCUUUAUAGUCAUAGCUAACUACACCAUAAGGCGUAUACUUAUUGACAAUGGGAGUUUAGCUGAUAUAAUAUUUUCUCAUGUAUUCGACCAAAUGAUGAUAGGCCGGGAAAGGUUACUGUGA